UUAGGAGCUUCUAGGUUCUCUCUAUGGUCUAUCCAUAACAACUGGGUCCACCCUUAGGCACUUUUGUAUCCUUUCACUUAUAGCUCCUUUGAUCUUUCUUUGACCUUUUUAGAAUCCCUAAUUCUUGCCUUUUUGGCCCUUUUCUUCGAAUCAAUUCUUGUUUAGUUUUGCUUGGCUAUUCUCUCUUCUUAUCAUUUCCAACUGCUACUUUUGUACUCUUCAAAGUACAUGUUUUUUUUUCCCUUAGUGGGUGUUUCAAGAAUCGCUUGUUUUUGAGGUAAAGAAUCCAUUUUUGGUUCUGGGUUGGUCGAAUUUUGUGAUUUUUUUGGUGGGUUUUAAAAAUCUUGGUGAAUUUCUCUGUUUUUUCCAAGUGGGUCAGUUUUUUUGCAGUCAAGAAACUGACUUUAUGUUUUUUGAUCUGUGAGAUUGAGCUGUUUAAGCUAGGAAAAGUUUGAUCUUUGAAUUCUUGGGGUUGUGAAUUAGUUAAAUUUGGAGUGUGGGAUGAAUCUGUAGGAAGAAAAAAUGAAGAGAAAAGGUGAAGAGAAAGUUAUGGGGCCUAUGUUUCCAAGGCUUCAUGUUAAUGAUACAGAAAAAGGAGGUCCAAGAGCACCUCCAAGGAACAAAAUGGCUUUAUAUGAGCAGCUUAGCAUACCUUCUCAGAGAUUCAACAACUCUGGGGCAAAGUUGGGGCCACCUUCCUCAAGCCAGGGGAGCGGGCACGACAGAGUUGUAUAUUUCCCUGUACAACACCCUCCAUCCAGACAUCUAACUGAUAAACCACCUGGCCACAGUUCCGAUCCCACUACUCUCUUGCAACAAUAUGAAUUGAAAAAGAGAACAGAAGAGGAUGACUUUACUGUCCCUGUCUUUGUUAACUCCAAGCUUGGUCAGGCCAAUGGGAGUCAUAAUCUGGAUAUGGAAAAGCUCCCUCCCUCCGGUCCAGUCUUUUCAGGGCGUCCUAAUAAAGAGUUGGAAGGAGUUACAGAUCUAACUUUGAGACAACAGCGCAAUAGCCAAAACGAGGAGAAUCCCAAUUCUCUUGCUAGUAGAGAGAAAACAACCUCAAACUCUGCAUCCAAGGAAUGCAGAGUGGAUCCUCAGGUUGGUUGUACCAUCAUACCUGAAUCUGUUAAGGGUAUAGAUGAUGGCGAUCCGUAUCCCAUGAAAGAAUUUGCACCAGAAGAGCAGAUAAUUACUAAUGAUCUUAUUAAUGAUACGGAAACCCAGGAACACAGGACAUGCAAAUCAUUGCAAACAGGAUUUUUGGACCGAGGUGACGACUUAUCUGAGGCUUCUAUAGUGGAAUCUAUAUCUGGAACAGACAUCUCUCCUGAUGACGUUGUGGGAAUAAUUGGCUUAAAGCGUUUCUGGAAAGCCAGAAGAGCAAUUGUCAACCAGCAAAGAUUGUUUGCCAUCCAAGUGUUCGAGUUGCAUCGACUAAUAAAGGUCCAAAAGCUCAUUGCCGGGUCACCAAAUAGUAUGCUUGAAGAUUCUGCUUAUCUAGACAAACCUUUAAAGAAUUCGUCUGGCAAAAGACUUCCAUUGGACUGUAUUGUUAGAGAAUCUCAAAGUGUUCCGAAGCGCAAGAAUGAUUCUGAGAAGCCUAACUUCAGGAUGGAAUACUCUGCUGAAAGCACUGUGGGAAAGCCAUCUCUUUCUUCUGUGCAAAAUGGUAGCCAGCUCUCUAGCCACAGACCAUUUUCAGGAAAUCCACUGCCAACACCUGUGACAAAUGAUUCUAACGCGGGUCCUUGGUGCUUCCAACAACCUCCGGGGCACCAGUGGUUGAUCCCGGUGAUGUCUCCUUCUGAAGGACUUGUAUACAAGCCUUUCCCUGGACCUGGAUUCACGAGUGGGCCUCCAGGAUCGACUCCAACGAUGGGGAACUUUUUUGCUUCAUAUGGAGUUCCUGCUCCUCAUCUUCAUCACUAUCAAGGGAUGGGAGUUCCUUUUACGCCUCCAACUGGUCAUGGCUACUUUCCUCAGUAUGGCAUGCCGGUUUCGAAUCCACCAAUCUCAUCAUCUGCUGCUGAAGAAUCAAACCAGUUUACCUUGCCAGGUUUGCAACGCCAGUUUUCUGGAGUGGUUGAUAACUUUAAUAACAUUCAACAUGAGGACUCGAGUAAUGUUCCGAGUGAAAAGAAUGGAACUAUUCCCGAUGUUGUAAGGUUUCAGGCCACAAAAGAUAAUGAGCUACAUGCCAGCUCUGCAAGUAGUCCAAGUGAGAGACCUCAUGGAACGGACACCGCAGAAGGAAGAAACAUGCUCUCUCUUUUCCCCACAUCUCCAGCUACUGACAACCCUGAUAGUAGCCCCCAGGCUUGUGUGCCUGAUCAUCCAGCAAGAGUUAUCAAGGUUGUACCUCACAAUAAAAGGUCUGCCACAGAAUCCGUUGCUCGGAUAUUUCAGUCUAUACAACAAGAGAGAAAACAAUAUGACUCAGGUUUCACACAUCUAUAGGUAGCACCUUACUAUGUUGUGAAUAUGACCAUUUGGUCAUCCAAACUUAGAUGUAGUAGUUUCGGUCAAUUUGUUGUAACCUUUCUGAUAGUGUACGUUAUAGCUGGAGUUUAAUGUGGUUGCUUUGCCCACUAUGUAGAUAAGCAUACCUACAAAAUUGCAUUGUAUCUUUGCCCGGUGAUUGCUUAGUCCAGCUGUUGUAUACUGAAGUCAAUUUUGUUCCGUCAGUCGUCAUUUUGAGUUGUAAUUUAUCCUUAUGUUAUUCUCUUUCUUUCAAAAAACUAUUUCAAGUCA